AUGGCGAAUAGUUCAGAUGAUACAGCUCCUCUGGAAGAUAUGUCUGACCUUCUUCAUCAAGUAGAAGCUCUGUGUGAAAUUCGUGGCCAGCAACCACAGUCAGUGAAUAACAACAAUAGUAAUACUAAUGUGCGCCUUCCCACCAAUGUGACGGGGACUGGGACUGCUACUCUAAAUAAUGCAAGUGCUAAACAGAACAAUGUUACAAGAGAGGCACAAGCUCAAGUCCAGAUAUCUACCAGUAAUAUAGCAGGAGCCUGUGCUGCUAUCCCUCCUACUUCUGCUGCUCACUCAGCUUACAAUAACAUCUCAUCAGUGUCUGCUUGCAGUUCAUCUCAACAACAGUCAAAAGAUAACAGAGUAGCAUUUUGUGGUAUCAAGAAAGGCUUCCUUGAAAACAUGACUAAUAAUCCUAGAGAUGCAAGCAACAAAGAUAAACGAACAAAUGAAACUAAAAACUUAAGUGAAUGUAAUCAGAUUGGCAGUAAGAAGACUUACAAUAAAGAUAUGCCAUUCAUCAAACCAAAGAAUACAGAUGGGCGAAGUGCUAGCUUUGAGUUACAUGAGGAGCUUGAAAACAUUAGAGAGAAACAGACAUUAUUUAACAAUACAGAUUGGGUAACAGAAAACUUAUUGCAACGUAUACAAAGUAACCCAAAUCUGUCCGGGCGACUAUCAGAUCCUCAAUUUAUUCAAGCACUUACAGAGUUUCAGCAGAACCCACAAGCUGCAAUAGCCAAAUAUCAAGAUGAUCAACAACUGCAAGGAGCUAUGCAACAAUUUUGUAACAUUUUAGGAGAUCAUUUCUUAAAGUUGGAUAAAAAAGAUGGAACACAUAAACCGAGUAAUCUUGAGAUGGCUGCUCUUCCUGUUGAGGCUGCUGCAGUUUCUUCUGCUUCAGCUAGUUUAACUACCAUGAGCUUACCCAAUCAACAAGCAUCAGCUUACAUGGAAAAUGAGCACAGGAUCCAAGAUCUUCUAACAGACCCUGAAAUACGUGAAGCAUUGGUUGAUAAAAAAGUACAGGAAUUGAUUGCCAUGCAAAACCGAAAUCCUGAAAGAGCUCAAAGCAUGCUACACCAAGGAGAUUCUGAACUUCGGAAAAAAGUGAAGAAAUUAGUUGAGGCUGGAUUGUUAUCGUUUAACACUUGA